CCUGCUUCCUAGUUGAACGAGAUCGUAACGGAAUUUUGUAUCAGCCGACCUGAGUACGUGGGUUAGGAUCUCACCUCGAGAUAUUGUCAAGAGCAAGGGAUUAAGAGGACGUCAUGGCUCCAACAUCAUCAGAGCCCAUCUCCAUUCAAUCCUUUGCCACAACCCAGCUCGCCUUACUCGACCGGGAGAUUGAUCUUGAGAAAUCAGAAACAUCCGCACUCCUAUCCCAGUCGAGCCCGAAAUUCCUACAGCGUAUCGGACUGGCUAUCCUCAACUUGCAGGUGACCAACCAGCGGACCGGCUUCGGUGGUAAGACCGUCCUUGAACUCGGAUUAGAUACCGCUGUGGGAGGCACAUCAGGAAAGAGCAGUGGGAGGAACUUGGGUAGCAAAGGGCAAGACAAUGCUGUGCGGGGUGGGAAGUCAUCCAGCGGUGGAAAGAAAUCCCGAGGUGGAGGGAAAUCCGGGGGAAGCACCAAAGGAGGCCCAUCCAACGCUGCAUCGGUAGCCGACGAUAGCGAUGGUGGCGAGUUACCGGAACACUCAUUACGAACGGGAGACAUUGUUGCAGUCCAGACUCAGCCGACUGGGUCGGCGAAGAAGAAGGAAAAGGCGGAGCUGCGCGAGGAAGGCGUGGAAGGCGUGGUGAUGAGGGUCUCGGCGAGGGGCAUAUCGAUCGCCUGUUCCAAAGAAGAGGUGGAGAUGCCCGGUGGGAGAUUAUGGGUAGUGAAGUUGGCGAAUGAUGUCGUGUGGAAACGAAUGACCAAGGCGAUGACCUAUCUACAGUCUCUCCAAUCUUCGUCAUACACAUCCUUGAUGCUAGCGUUAUUUAGUCACGUCCCGCCUACUAUCCCUUCCCCUUCUUCUAUUACCUCAAUAUCAACCAUCGAAUGGCAAUCGCCUAACCUGAACGAAUCCCAAAAACGUGCGGUAGUCUUUGCACUUGCUGCGCCGACGAUGGCACUCAUCCAUGGUCCACCUGGAACCGGGAAGACCACAACGCUCGUGGAAUUCAUCCUUCAGCAUUAUAAACGAAAUUCGGAUUCUCGAAUCCUACUCUGCGGCCCAAGCAACUUGAGCGUGGAUAAUCUGAUCGAACGACUUGCACCAUCUAGGAUCCCCCUAAUUCGACUGGGUCAUCCAGCUCGACUGCUUCCAUCCGUUCUGAAUCACUCUUUGGAUGUCCUCACUCGUACAUCGGACGCUGGAGCAUUGGUUCAAGAUAUUCGAAAAGAAAUGGAUGACUUGCAAGGCAAGAUUCGCAAGACCAAAGGCCGAAAAGAAAGAAAAGAGGUCUACGGAGAGCUCCGAGACUUGCGGAAAGAGUUUAGAGCGAGGGAGAAGGGUUGCGUAAGAGGGCUUGUAGAAGGUGCUAAGGUUGUCUGCGCGACGCUCCAUGGCGCUGGAGGGUCGCUGUUGAGGGAUGUAAAGGAGCGAUUUGACUUGGUUGUAAUCGACGAAGCUAGCCAAGCUUUGGAGGCCCAGGCGUGGGUGGCCCUGAUGAGUGCGAAAAAGGUCAUCCUUGCUGGUGACCACCUUCAACUUCCUCCGGUAGUGAAGUCAGUCAACUCGAAGACACAGUCAACUUCCAAGGAAAUGAAGAACAACAGUGAGCAGAAGGGAGAUGGCGAGAUUAUCAAAGGGAUGACAUUGGAAACCUCCAUAUUCGAUCGUCUCCUUGAACUACACGGGCCGAAAGUCAAACGGAUGCUCACGGUCCAAUAUCGGAUGCAUGAGAAGAUCAUGCAAUUCCCAUCUCAGGAGCUAUACGACGCUCAACUUACCGCUGAUGAGAGCGUACGACUGCGAUUGCUGAAAGACUUGCCCUAUGCAGUCCAAUCCACUGAAGACACGACACAGCCGCUCGUGUUCUACGACACGCAAGGAGGCGACUUCCCGGAGCGAGCAGACGAAGAAGACGAAGACCAGAAAUCCAAACUGAGCAUAAGCGAAAGUAAAAGCAACGAAAUUGAAGCUGCACUAGUGUUCUCCCAUGUCAAGGCCCUGGUCGAUGCAGGAGUUAGAGCUGACGACAUUGCGGUUAUUACUCCGUACAACGCUCAGCUUGCCAUACUGUCUCAAGCGAUCAAAAGCGAAUACCCCGGCAUCGAACUCGGCAGCGUUGACGGGUUCCAAGGGCGAGAAAAAGAAGCGGUCAUCGUGAGCCUGGUUCGAAGUAACGACAAGGGGGAAGUUGGAUUCCUGGGCGAGAAGCGGAGAUUAAACGUUGCCAUGACACGAGCAAAGCGACAUCUUUGUGUUGUUGGCGACUCAGAAACGGUGCAAAAAGGCAGCAAGUUUCUCAAGUCGUGGAUGGGUUUCUUAGAGGAGCAUGCAGAUCUGCGAUUUCCAAACGUCGGUGACCUGUCAUAACUCAUAAGAAGCCCGAAUAUCUGAGAUAGUCGACAACAUGAGACAAUGGGUCUGCAACGUGGACGAACCAUAACUCCGAGAGUGGAUUUCAUUAUUGUUGAGGCUCUUCAUGGAGAGAUAUUUGGCCGAGGGAAAUGUUCAUGAAUCUAGACCGCCCGGCUAACAUCGAGUCAGUUAAAGAUGGCCAAACAGCCAGUGUCAGCCACCCAAGGGCUAAGCCCAAGAGGCAAGUGUACAUAGAAUCACCAUUCUUCCCUGCUGCGGCACAGGAUUUAAAUCUUAUCAUCAUUGCAGCGUCACAGUAUGGCGUGUUUUCC